GGGGAGCCAAGCUUCAGUAGACUUGCUAACAUCAGUCGUGCAAUGGGAUGGCUGUUUGGCCAAAUCCUCCAAUAAUUCUGGUUGAGAUGGUCCAAUGGAGCACAGCAUUUCUCUAUGGAGGAUCUUCCAUCAGCAGUCAGCUUUCCCAGCCUCUUUUAACAGUAUGACAAUUCACCACUGACCACGGAUCAGUCUGAGCUAGCUGUUGAAGACCAUGGCUGACCGACAACCUAGAAGUUUUUCAUCCAAGGCUUCCAAGAGCCCACGGUUUAAGUCCUCUGGAUCCAGGCCUGGAGGACUACUGCCCACUCCUACAGUACACCAAACACGUGAGAAGGGGCCAUCUCUGCAUAAACUUAAAGAGAAUGUGUUGGAUAUGCUCUGCGAGAUUCCCGAAGGAGUGAACAUCGCCAAAUUCCUCAGCACCUACAAGCAUCACUAUGGUCAGCAGCUGAUCCUCUCAAACUAUGGCUUGCUUGGCUUUCAAGAUCUGAUCACUGCCUUGGGGGAUCAAGUACGUGUCGAGAGGAUUGGAGACCGAAAUGUCAUCAGAAUUGCGGCAGGAGUCGGUCAUCAUCAGCAAAAUCCCUUCUUUGAUCAAGACAUGGAGUCCGUUCGACAGGACAUCGUCGAGCUGGUCCGGGGACGGCCGGAGGGCGUCCCGGUGAAGAAGCUGGCCGUGUCCUACAACCAGAAGUACAGACGGAACUUGACCCUCAGCGCGCUCGGGUUCUCCAGCAUAGCCAAGCUCUUGGACUCCAUCGCCGAGCUGGCGGUGCAGGACGACGUGGUGUUCCACCGCUCGCACCGGAUGCAACCGCACACGGCUCCUCCUCCUCCUCCUCCGCUGGCGACUCCUACGCCUCCCGCGCCGAUGACCCCUCCGCUGCCCAGGACUCCUGCAGCAGCUCCUGCCGUUGCCGCCGCCGCCGCUGCUCUACCCGUUCAAGACCCGCAGCCGGCGAUGCGCAUGGCUCUCCCGACGUUCGGCGCCGCCCCGAUGCCCGCCGCCAGAGGCGAACUGACCCAGGACCAGCUGCUGGCGAAGGUCCAGGAGGUGGUGAGGCACUACCCGGUGGCGGGCACGUCCAUCGUCCAGCUCCAGAACAGCUACUUCCUCCAUUUCGGCACGGCGCUGCCCAUGGAACUCUAUCUGCCUCUGUACCACCGCCUGACUCAAGCGCAGCUGAUGCCAGCAGCAGCAGCAGCCGCCGCAAAGCCAAUGGAGGCCAAUGGGGGAGCAGAACCCUUGAGCUCUUUAGGGACACUAGAGGGCAGCAGGAGGGAUAGCCCCGUGGCUUGGGCGGCUCCGAGCUCCGUGAGCCGGGUGAUGGACACGCCGUCGCCCCUCAGGACGGCCUCCCCGCUGGUCCAGCAGCCCCAGGAGGCCUCUCUGCCGGACAGCCUGGCCAGCGGCGACUUCCCCCCGCUGGGGGCGGCGGCGGCGGCGAAACCGUCCAAGGCCGAGGAGCGGCGUCUGCAGGCGGCGGCCAUCCGGGACAUCCGGGACCGGGACAGCUCCGUGUCGUUCCGCGAGGACUACCACGCCCAGCUGAGGGAGCGGCACGCCGCCAACGUCCGCGCCGCCGAGGCCCUAGAGGCGUUUGAGGCCGGUGGCGGCGGCGGCGGCAGCCGGGAGCGUCGCUCGAGGAAGAACAUGAGCCCCACCGAGGUGGACAGCCUGGCCGAGGACGUCAUCAGGUCUCUGGCCACCAGAGGAGAGCUGGUCACUGUGGAGAGGGUCGUGAGUCAGGUGUGUGAGUACCUGCAGAUCCCCAGCCUGCAAUCCAUAAGGAUUUAUCAUCGGGACUUACCUGCCGUGAACGGCCUGCUGCGUGCCAUCAAAGAGGUCAACAUGUUCAUUGAGGCCAUGAACGCGGUGUCUGCCGUGUGCACGCUGUACGAGCUCGGCCAGGCCUUGGCCGGACUGCAGAACAAGAAGCGCUUCGAGGAGCUCCAUCUCGGCCCCCUGUGCAAGAACCCGCUCGUCCACCGGAUGUUCAAGGUGGACGCCAACACCAAGGACGAGGACAUACAGCCCAUCGAGACGGUGGACAUUUUGAGGAGUCUCCAAGCCUACAGGAAAAAAUCCAAAGGCGUCAAGGUGGACCUUGCAGAGUUCAUGAAGCAUCUUGCUGACCAGUACAACUGUGACAGUCCUUAUGAGCUGGGCAUUCGCAUCCAGGGCCUUGGGCUGCCCAUUUCGACGCUGCAGCGGGCGACCCUGACCAUGCACGCCUUCAUGGACUCGGCCAGAGACCGCGUCCAGGUGGAGCUGGAGCAGGAGGUCCAGGAGAAGCUGUGGAAGAUCAAGAAGAGCGUGAUGGAGCCGGCCGACGGACCACUGACCUUCACCCCCGCGUCCAGCAGCCGCGAGCUGAGGAAGAGGUACGUCGCCAUGACCGCAGCCGACGCCGUCAUGGAGGUCUUCAUCAACUCGGACGGCAUCUUCAACGGCACCAUGACUAAGCGUGUGCAGGCCUUUCUGGCGUACGUGAAGGAGGACCGUCUGGCCAGGAACCUGUUCCAGCUGGCCAUCUGCUGCGGCUCUCUGGAGCUCCCUAAUGACCUGCCCGCCGGCGAGAGGACCCCGCAGAACGACAAGAGGAAGAAGAAGAAGAAGAAAGAGGAGGAGGAGGAGGAUGACAGCAUCUCUGUCAUGGCUGCCUCUGAAACCUCGGUGCUGCAGCUGUUCCAGGAGCGCGUGUCCAGGCUGUGUGGCGCGCUCACGCUCGGCUACCUGUGCGACCUGGAGAAGAAGAUGGCCGAGCACUUCAAGGUCAAAGCCUUCCCGGGCCUCGCGCAGGGCAGCUUCCUGGAGUUCCUGGUCAAGAACUCAGAGUCCCUGCAGCAGGCAGUAGGGGGCUCCAUCCUCAUUGGUAGCGCCAGCUCCGGCGUGUGCGGCUUCAGACCCAGCCAGCAGGACGUGUUUGAGUUCAUCAGCCAGUGCGGCGACAUAGACCCGGCCAGACUGAAGUUCAUCGAGGCGUCUCUGAGGAGUCAUUACGGCCUGCGGGACAGCAGGGAGCUGGGCUACGGCCCGCUGACCACCCUCCUGAACAUCGUCCAGCGCCAGAGAAGCCUGGGCGGCCCGGUGGCCCCCAGUGUCGUGCGAUACGAGGCCCCACUGAUGCCCAAAGUGACCGGGGAGCGUGCGGUGGGGGAGUCGGUGGGGGUGCUGGGGGACGUGCGGCGGGAGCAGGCCGUGUCCUGCCUGCGCUCGGCCCCUCUGCUGGAGGACCUGGAGCAGUGGAGCCUCUGGGAGCCCGUGUUCCUGCCCAGCCUCGGCCCCCUCAAGGAGUUCAUCGAGAGGCACUGCGCCCAAACUGACCUGAUGGCCCUAGAGGUGAAGCCAGGCGUGUUGCUACGGGUGACCAGAGCCACAGGCGACAGGCUCUUCGCAGACGCCGUGCAGGCCCUGGACGCUGUGGGAACAGCCGGCCACCUGGUGUCCAUCGUGGUGGCUGAUGGGAUACUGAACGCCCCCACCGCCCUCCUGGCCAAUCACAUGGAGAGCUCGCUGGCUGCAGCUGUGGCGAGGGAAGACUCCGCUCAGUUGGAAGAUGGUCAGUCUUACAGCACAGUGUCCCAGUUUGUUCUCGAGUGUCUGGUCCGAAUCCCCACACGAAUCUGCACAGCCCUACUGCAACAGAUCUUCCUGGAGCCCCUCUCUAAGGUGCUGGGCCAGUCCAUGUCCAAAACCGUCCUCCUGGAGCGCGCCCGGUCCGAGCCACGCUACCUCAACCGUCUCCACCAGAUGGGCGUCCUCCUGGGCAUCACCGAGUGGGCCCGGGACUACCAGUCCAAACUGGAGCCACCCAAAGCCCCAGACACCUUCUCCCACCAACAGCAGUCUGUGGUGUCCAAUGGGCUGAGUGCUGGAGUGUCUGAAGACGGCCUGUCUGAUGGGGAUGACCCAACAGAGGAAUCCUCCGCCGCUGAACUCAAUGGCAUUGACCGCUCAGACUCCACCAGCGACAGCGAUAAAAACGACAGCGACGAGGAACUGGUGUCCGAUCAGUCCAGCGACCUGAGCCCCCCCGAGGAGACAGAGGAGACCCCCGCCGAACUGACGGCAGGUCAGCUUGCCGAAACGGCAUCAUCAUCGGCGGCGGCGUCCGAAGCGGAGGAGCCAGACGAGCAGCUGGAGCCGUCUAGACUGAGCCUGCAAAGGGCCGUCGUCGAGGACAUCAGGCGGAGUGAUUUCGGGGUGGGCGUGGAGCUGAACGAGGAGGGCCAGCGGCUGAUGCAGGUGCACCAGGAGCGUCUGGGCCGGAGCCUGCAGCGCCUCUCCACCGAGCUCUACAGCAAAGACACACACUUCGUCCUGGAGCUCAUUCAGAAUGCCGAUGACAACAGCUACCCCUCAGCCCAAGAUGCCCAGCCGUCGCUGGCGUUCGUCCUGGACAAGGACUGCAUCACCAUCCUGAACAACGAGUGCGGCUUCCAGGAGAAGAACGUGCGGGCCAUCUGCGACGUGGGCCAAAGCACCAAGGGCAAACACACCUACGGAUACAUAGGGCAGAAGGGGAUCGGGUUCAAGUCGGUGUUCAAAGUGACGGACUGCCCCGAGAUCCACUCCAACGACUUCCACGUCCGCUUCGACAAGAACAGCGGCCCCAUGGGAUACAUCCUGCCACACUGGGUGGACGAGGAGCGCCCGGUGACGGCGAACGCCCCCGAGAUCUGUCACAAGAGCUGGACCACCAAGAUCCUGCUCCCUCUGCGCUCCGAGAGCCUCCAGACCAGGAACCUGUUCCGUGACGUGCACCCCUCUCUCCUGCUCUUCCUCCAUCGCCUGCGCUCCAUCACCAUCUUCAACCAGACGGACGGGCGUCUGGUGACGAUGAGUCGGCAGGACCUGAGUCACAACAUCCUGGAGGUGCGGCACACGGGCGGCCUGGAGCGCUGGCUCGUCGUCAAGAGCAUGCUCCACCCCAAGAAGAUUAAGGAGGAGGUGGAGUCCACGGAGCUGGCCAUGGCCUUCUGCCUGAGUGACGGCCCGUCCUCUUCCUCCUCGUCCUCCUCGACCGACGCCCCCCUGCAGCCGCGCCAGCAGAACGUCUUCGCCUUCCUGCCGCUGCGCAGCUUCGGCUUCCGCUUCAUCAUCCAAGGGGACUUUGACAUCCCGUCGUCUCGGGAGGACGUGGACCGUGACAGCUCCUGGAACCAGUGGCUGCGCUCCAACCUGCCACAGCUCUUCAUGGAGGCCAUGGACGUCUUCAGCAAACACCCAGAAUUCACCGGGCUGAAAGGACUCUGCUACUUCCUGCAGUUCGUUCCACUUCCUGACGAGAUCCAAGACUUCUUUAAACCGGUGGCCAAUCAGAUUCUCCAGCUCCUCAAAGGCCGAGCGUGCCUUCCUGCCAAAGAGGACCGAGAUGGCACGGUGGCGUUGAAGCAGCCGUCGGAGCUGGCCGUGUGCCCGGACCCCGUGGUCCAGGAGGUGGUGGGCGCGGCGGAGCUGGAGAGGCACCUGCGCCUGGCCUACCUGCACCCGCUGCUGCAGGCGCAGCUGCCCGCCGCCCUGCUGGCCACGCUGGGCGUGCGCCGCCUCCGGGGCGCCGACGUGGCCGCCGUCACCUGCGCCAUGGCCCGCGAGCUCGUCCACAACGCCGCGCCUCUCUCAGACGCCCACAUGAAGACUCUGGCCCGGCUGCUGCAGUGUAACUUCCGUGCCCAGGAGCAGGAGUACGGGGAGGCCCACGCCUCGCUGCAGGGGCUCAAGGACCUUCCCAUGAUCCCGCUGGCCGACGGGCGGCUGGUGACCCUGAGCGCUGGAGGCGUCUUCUUCCCCAUCAACGAGGCGGGGGAAACCCAGAAAGGUGGUCUGGAGGCUCUGUACCGUGACCUGUGUACGGUGGCUCCCGCUCUGCUGAGCAGUCUGGACGCGCUGGGGAACUCUCAGGUGCGCGAGCUGCUCCAGCGCCUCGGCGUCCACGAGCUGGAGCCCCAGCAGGUGCUCCGCCAGCACAUCUACCCCGCGCUCAGCUCCCACACCUGGAAGUCGAAGCCUCAGGACGUGCUGGUCAGCUACCUGCUGUUCAUCAAGCAGCACGUGCGCGAGCAGGACUACGGCAGCUUGAACGUGGCCGUCCCCGUGCUCACCAACCGGGGCCUGCUGUGCCCGGCCGUCAGCAGAGUGCACUUCUCCAAAGACUACAGCAACAUCGACCUGCCCACCAAACUGCCCGGUGUGGACUGGGUGAUGGUGGACCCCUGCUACCUGCGGGCGGACCGUGACGUGGUGGGCUGGCGCGAGCUCUUCGUGGCCCUGGGCGUGCGCGACCUGCUCAUCUUCAGGAAGGAGCGCCGCACCCUCAGCGCCCAACAGCUGGCCUGUAGUCCGUGGGCGGAGGAGGCCGGUCGCUGGCCGAAGCCUGCGGGCGGUGGCGGCGGCGGCGUGUACGUGCUGGAGGACUACCAGUGCGAGGAGUUCCAGGGCCUGGCCACCACCGAGGAGCUGCCCGCGCAGGCCAAGCUGGAGCAGAGGAGAGCGCUGCUAGGCCUGCUGGAGCAGAACUGGGACACUGGAGAGAAGUACUCCCAGUACCUGAGAGCUCAGGUUGUGGACGGCGAUGGUCGUCCACUGCGCGACACCCACUCCUCCUUCAUGAUAGCCCUCACGCGCCUGCCCUGGGUGCCCACCUUCCGCAUCGGGCAGGACGACCAGCCCACUGCCCCCAGCUACCACUGCCCCGGCUCCGUCUACCUCUACUCCCAGGACGUGCACAGCGUGUUGGGGGCACACGUGGACUACGUGCAUAUGGCCCCCAGCGAGUUCUCCAGAGGCACCGGCAUGAAGCACACGGUGUCUGUGGACGAGGUGAUCGAGUACCUGAAGAGGUGGAGCACACAGGCCUCCGCAGACGCCGCGCCGGCCGAGGGAGCGGACGAGGAGCCGCCGAGCUUCACCACCACCGUCCAGCACAUCAGCAACGUCUACGGCUACCUGCAGACCAACUGCCCCCCGGGCCAGCUCAAGGAGCUCUUCCAGCACACGCCUGCUGUGUUCGUCAAGUACGAGAGCAUGAAGAACAACUGGUGCUCCGGCAAGUUUUACCACCUGAAAGACGUCUGUUGGAAUGACCCUACCGAAAUGUUCCUACGAUACAAGCCGCUUGUCUCUCGUGCCACCAAUGGUCUUCAAGAACCUAAAGUUCUGGCACCGUUCUAUAGCAGCCUUACGGGCAUGAAAGAUCUGUUCCUAGGGUUGGGUGUUGAGCGCAACCCUUCCAUGAAGCAGUACGUGGAUCUCCUGGAGCUGGUGUGCGAGUCCGAGUCUCAGGCCACUGGCCAGAUCCUGCAGGACGUGUCCAUCAUCUACGCCAAGCUGGCGGAGAAGUGUAUAGUGCCGUACGGUGGAGAUCAGGACGCCGCGAUUCCGCUCAAUCCGAGCUACUGCUCCUCCCUCCGAGAGAUGCUGUCGGGCCAGAGAGUGUUCCCCUCUAAGAGGAGCGGCUGGGUGUCGCUGGGCCAGAGGCCCAUGAUUCCCGAUGACAAACACCUGGAGAAGAUCUUCCAGUCUCACCCCGAAGUGUGUCUGCUCAACCUGCCCCCUGCCCAGAAGAAGGUCCUCAGUCGACCCAAACCCGGAACCGCAACCGCCAAGCCGCAGCGCAGCGAACCCACGUUCACCGAGGAGCAGCGCAGCCUCUUCCUGGACAUCUGCGGCGUGCCGCGGCUCUCGGACAGCGUCAGCACCGAGCCCCAGACGGUCAGCUACCGCCCGUCGCCGACGCUGCAGGCGCUGGUGCGCGAGGCCGUGCCGUACGUGCAGCGCUUCCUCUGCUCCCACGAGGAGUUCGCCGAGCUCUACGCCGAGCUGCAGGAGGGCGGCAUCGCCCAGCAGAUCAAAUCGCUCACCUUUGGCCAGGUGGGCGAGUUGUACAUUCAUUACCACUUGAAAGUGCCCGACGGAGAGGCGGUGUACGAGAAGGAGGACGUCAUCUGCCUCCUGAAGGACAAGAAGGAGCUGUACAUCCAGAAGGACUACCUCAAGUCCAAGUUGGACAUUUGCAGAGAGCUGGUGAAGCUGUUCAGUCCAGAGGCGAGCCAGGCCGACAAGCUGCUGACCUUCCUGGAGAGCCUGAUGAGCUCCAUACACGACCAAGGCGCUUUGAAGAGGUUCCUGGACAUCAAGGGCAUUAAAGAACUUCCCACUGAGGAGGAACCAUGGGAGGUUCCCAUGCCCAUAGACACGAGGCCCGAACCCUCAGCCCAAGCGCCUCGGCCAGUCAGCCGCCAGGAGGAGGAGAGGAAGACUCCGGCGGGCGAAGAGGACGGCCUCGUCUGCUGGCCGCCCAAGUCGGGCCUCUCCGACGGCCGAGGAGCCGCCGGACGACCCAGAGGCACAGAUGCUGCAGUGGAGGCGGUGAUGAAGAUGUGGCCCCCACCCAACGCCCCCAGCUCCGCGGCCGAGUACACGGGCACACUGCCCCCCAUGACCGAGAGGAGCCCCAGGGGGGGCCCACCGUCUGGGGACCCCCCCCAGUCCCCCCAGUCCCCCCUGCCUGAGGGAUCUUCACUCCCCACCGGCACCAGGUUCUCUGGCAGCCACACUCAAGGCCCCGGUAAGGCUUUCGCCCGUGAAGCUGGAGGUUCGCGUUUCCCUGCAGGAGUGGAGGGUAGAGGUUGUUCAAGUGGAUUAUUGUGACUAAUCUAUUAAAAAAUGCUGACAUUUUUGAUAACUGGGUACUUUCACGAUCAGGGUAAAGCACCACAUACAUGCCUGUCUACAGUACCUCAAUUAUGUUGGAUGUAUGUUAUUAAUAAUUACAC